AUGACAGAUAAUACUAGUAGUAAUAGUAUUAUUAGUAUGAGUAGUAAAGAUAGAAUUAUAAAAAGUGUAAUAUGUAACAAAUACUUGUUAUUUACAAAGAUAGUACCGUCAAUCAAAGAGAUACAUGACAAGAUUCUAAGAUUCGAGAAUAGUGGUGCAAGUCAAUCUAGUAAUACAACAUCUUCAUCAUCAUCUACAUCAUUUUCAUUAAACUUUGAUCUCAAUGCUCAUACAUCGGUUGCAUCGUCGGUGAUUAAUAACCAUACACUUUCAAGACGACAUCGUUACAAUGACUACAUUAGUGCAGAAUGGAUGUUUCUAAACAACUAUAAACAACUAUUUCUAUCUAAACUCAAGCGUUUUGGUGUCAAGGGUAUCAACUUGACCAUUCCGGCGUUGGAUCAUCUACCUCGACUAUUUGGACAAUCAAGACAAGAGUUUGAUGAGAUUCUCGAGUUGCUGGGGUUGGCUGGACAAUACCAAUUCUUUCAUUCAUGGCGUGUCUACCGAACAUUGGUUGCAUCACCAUCAAAAGAGUUGACGUAUCUACUCAGACCAACCGACGCAUACCUUGGAGGAAAUGAUGCCGAUCUCAGACAAUGUCUAUCUGAUGUGAUGCAUCAUGGCAACAUUGGGAUGUUGAAGGAGAUUAUGUCUAUCUUGCCACCAUCCUACAAGAUACCAAUGUCACAGGCAGAGACUGAGAAACCGGUACGCUACGAUUUAGAGUGUCUCAAUCAUGUCAUCAAAGAGGGACGACACAACAUCAAGUCGCGUUCAUACUGGACGAUGCAGGGGUCACUCGACCUCAUGAUUGUUGCCGAACGAAACAAGCUGAUUCGCGAAGACUGGUUUAGUUCGUUGGAAUGUGCACUUGCAAGUGGUAACAAGGAAAUAGUCGAUUGGACAUUGGCCAAGAUGACCAAAGAGGGUCGUGACGGAUACGACAGCUACAACGUACACAGAAGUUUCGAGCUACUCGAUAUGGCGUGUCUAAACAACGAGUACGAAAUGAUUCGCUAUGCAUAUGAAAAGUUUCCAAAGACGUGGAUGAAGAAAUACCCACUGUCCAUCUCACAAAAGAGUAUCGAGUUGGCCAUUGUCAAUCGAUACUUUGAAAUUCUCGAACUGACCGACGACAUGCAUCUAUGUACGCCAAAGAUGGUCAACUUUGCAACUGGUGAAGAUAGAGGUGAUGUGGCACUGUACAUAUACACACGUGCCAAAUCUGCCAAACGACAAAACUCUGACACCAAGACAAUCUCUGCGCUCAAGCCAGACCACUUUUCGGAUCGACUCUACAAAUACCGACAAUCCAUCAAUCUCUUUGACAUUAUUCGUAGCAAGUCGUUGGAAUUGGUCAAGGGAUUCCGAAAGGAAUACCCAAACUGUUUUGGCAACGACCGAGUGCGUUCUGAUAUCAUCAAAGAGAUUAUCAAAUACGAAUGUUUUGAUAUCUUGCAAUGGAUGAUCAAUGACAUUAAAGUAGUCUUGUCAACCGCCGACUUUUACCUUGCAGUUCGAUACCGUGGAUUAAACUUUUGUAUAUUGAUAUACAACUCGCUGGUACAACAAUCAAGCAAACCACUGGCAGCCUUUAAGAAAACAGUUAUUACCAAAUAUUUCUAUCAAAAUGUAUUGCUCAACAAAAACAGAGAUGUUAUCAAUUGGGCAAUACAAUUGGAUGUUAAAUCAUUCAAUAAUUCUUGUCUAACUUUGGAUAGUUGUACAGAGCUUGAAUUACAAUUACAAUUUCAACAACAAAGUCAACAACAACCAACUGAUAAUAAUAAUGAAAAUGAUAAUAAUGAUAGUGAUUCAUUAACAGCAAUAGAGAAAAUUGAACUUUAUUUAUUAUCUCAAAAUGUAAUAAUAGAACCAGAACAAGAAAUAGAAAUUGAUGAUUGGCAAUCAAUGUUUGAUGAACCAUAUUAUUAA